GGCAUCACUAAGCUUGUUUUGGAGGAAGCUUAUAGUUUGUGGCCACUGUGGGAAACAUUGGUAUCCUUCUAGCGACCACCAAAAAGAUAGGAAUGAAGAAAUUGCUAGCAGUUUUCAAUCAUCGCAGUGAACGUUUCCAAACUUUAGUUUCAUAUAUAAUUAUAUUGAUUUUGACUAUAUGUGGUGUUUGCAUCGUGUGCAAUAUAUUUAACUUACAGAAUGAAGCUGGACGAAACAACAAUAAAAUUCCUUUGGACCUUAGUCAUGUACGUGAAAUCUUGUUAUCAAAAGACAGCGAGGAAGCACGCAACCGGGAUGACAGUUGUAGAAUGUGGGAUUGUAUAAAUUUAUACAAAUGCGGACAAAAAGGACACGACCGUCUUUCUGUUUACGUAUAUCCCCUUCAAGAAUACAUCGAUGAGGUAAAAGGGGAAGCAGUCUCAAUUCUUACUCGAGAAUACUACCAAAUACUCGAAACGGUUGUACGAAGUCGAUAUUAUACGCCAAACCCAAAUGAAGCCUGCCUAUUCCUGCCAAGCAUUGAUACUUUGAAUAGUAACUUAGUUAAAUCACGUGCAGUGGAACGAGCACUAGCGAUGCAAAAUUAUUGGGAUAAUGGUGAGAAUCAUAUUAUAUUUAAUAUGAUACCCCGGGCAGAUGGGAGUACUUUGAAAACUGAUCGUGCCAUAAUGCUUGGAGGAGGUUUUGAUUCGUGGAGCUAUCGGAACGGAUUUGAUUUAUCAUUACCUAUCUAUAGUCCCGCACAACAACAUGUGUCAGAUUUAUCGCCAAAAUCCACACAUUUACCUCGAAAAAAUUUAUUGGUAAUAAUUUUACCAAACGUGUAUCCAAAAUACCAUAGACAAAUACAUUCACUAGUGGACGAUAACCCAAGCGAAGUGCUACUGCUUGAUAAAUGUGUUAAAAAUGAUGUAGAUUAUUCGUCAAAAAAUAUGCUACGUUGUAAUAGCAGCCGUGGUAAAAGUGUUGAAUAUCCACGGGCAUACGAAAAGGGAACCUUCUGUUUAUAUUCACAUAGUGUAAACGCAGGUAAAUCCGAUUUAAUGGAAAUAUUAGCCUAUAACUGCAUUCCCUUGAUUGCUGUUGAUAAUUUUAUAUUGCCGUUUGAGGACGUUCUUGAUUGGACAUUAUUUUCAAUAAGUAUUCGUGAGGCAGAAAUUCAUUCUAUAGUUAAAAAGUUGAGCAGAGUAUCGCAUACAAAAGUUUUUGAGCUACAACGUCACGGCCGCUGGGUGUACAAUCGAUAUUUUAAAGAUUUAAAUACCAUAACUCUUACAUCAUUGGAAAUUUUAGAAAAUAGGAUAUUUCCUCAUCGAGCUCGUAGCAUAAUGGAUUGGAAUAAACCAGAUGAUAAUUAUCGAAGUACUUUCAACCCACUAUUUUUGCCCGUCAUUUCUCCCAAGUCACAAGGAUUUACCGCUGUGAUAUUAACAUAUGAUCGAGUUGAGAGCCUUUUCACGUUAAUUCAAAAGUUAGCUAUGGUACCAUCUCUUCAGAGCAUACUUGUUAUUUGGAAUAAUCAAAAUAAGAUGCCACCACAUUUAUCCUCAUUUCCCACAAUUCCGAAACCGCUAAAGGUCAUUCAAACGCGUGCAAACAAGCUGUCAAACCGCUUUUAUCCCUACAAUGAGAUUGAAACUGAAGCAAUUUUAACGAUUGAUGAUGACAUUAAUAUGCUUACCACUGAUGAACUGGAUUUCGGAUACGAAGCUUGGCGAGAGUUUCCAGAUCGCAUAGUAGGAUUUCCGAGUCGAAUUCAUGUGUGGGACAAUGCAUCGAUGCAUUGGCGUUACGAGUCAGAAUGGACUAACCAAAUUUCAAUGGUUCUCACUGGCGCCGCUUUUCAUCAUAAAUUUUGGAGUCAUAUGUACACAUAUGCAAUGCCUGGAAAUAUUAAAGAAUGGGUGGACCAGCAUAUGAAUUGCGAAGAUAUCGCUAUGAAUUUUCUUGUUGCAAACGUUACUAAUAAGCCCCCGAUAAAGGUCACACCACGGAAAAAAUUUAAAUGUCCUGAAUGUACUAAUACAGAAAUGCUGUCWGCUGAUUUAAAUCACAUGCGCGAAAGAUCAGCUUGCAUCGACAAGUUUUCUAGCAUUUACGGUCGCAUGCCGUUGCGCAGUGUAGAAUUUCGGGCAGAUCCCGUGCUCUUUAGAGAUAACUUCCCUGAGAAAUUAAAGCGAUUUAAUGAUGUUGGGAAUUUGUAAAUAAUACUCGAAAAAUAUAAUUUUUUAAGCAUCGACUUAUAAUAUUAGSUAAAAAAUAUAUUUGAAUGCCAUAUAAUUAUAUAGUGUGUAAAAAUAACGAUUAAGUUUAAGUGAACGGUUUGAAAGUAACGUGUAUUAUGUAUUACGUUGCAUUUCACGAGCUUAUAUUGUGAAUGAAUAAAAACAUUGCAAUAUUUAAAUAAACAA